AAACCCAAAUAUAAAUAGAAAGCAAGUAUUGGAGUCACUGAGAACAACAAUUAAGCAAGAGGGUUAAUAGCACAGCCACAUUUCUUCUCCCUGUAUUCCCUGACAAACUCAAAAGGUAGCUCAAAAAUGGUGAGAAAUCCACUUAGAUCCAACAAGAGAAACAAUGCGACAGUGAAGAAGGGCACUUGGAGUGGGGAAGAAGAUCAGAAGCUCAUUGCUUACAUCAGACGAUAUGGCAUUUGGAACUGGACUCACAUGCCCAAAGCUGCUGGUUUGGCAAGAACCGGGAAAAGCUGUAGACUUCGGUGGAUGAACUAUUUGAGGCCCAACAUCAGGCAUGGAAACAUCACCAAAGAAGAGGAGGAUAUGAUCAUCGAAUUGCACCGACUUCUUGGAAAUAAAUGGGCGGCAAUAGCAGCCAAACUUCCAGGAAGGACUGAUAAUGAAAUCAAGAAUUAUUGGAACACCCGCUUGAAGAAACGUGUCGGUGAUGGGAACAAGUUGCAAAUAUCAUCCACAUGCAAUACAGAAAUUAAGCCGUCUCUUCCCACUACUGAUACUUCUAUACUAAAACCCGACAUUGGAUCUCAACAUGGAAUUCCUACAAUGAGUGGAAAUAGCUUAUGCACCUCUUAUGGUGUUCACUGUCAUUACAAAACCUCAGAGAAUAGCUGGUAUUCACCAUGCGACGGGAUUGGAGAAGAAGAAAGCUUGUGGGAACAAUUCCUUGCGCUGAAAGACUUUCAAAUUGGAGAGAAUUUCGGAGAGACGUACAUGCAAUCGGUAGCUAAGGCACCUGUCCUUGUGUGCAUGCAGCAGGAGCUCCAGCAACACAGUGAUUCCUAUGAAGAUUUCUCGAUGGAUUUAUGGGAAAACUGAUAACCGCUGAAAGGCACUUGUGC